UAAUUGUGGUUAGCACACCGACCGAUAUGGAGAUCACAAUGUUGAUGUUGCUCAUUGGGACUGUAGCCCUGGGCUCUGCGGCUCCUCAGUUCGGCUUCGAUGGCAGUCAGCCCACGCCAUAUAGCUUUGCUUAUGGAGUGGGUUCUCCUGAGACUGGGGACGAAAAGGAGCACAAAGAGACCGUCACAUCUUCAGGCACGACUGAGGGUGAAUACAGAUGGCGCCAACCCAAUGGGCUCUUCAGAGUAACUCGGUAUUCUGCUGACGGUGCAGGGUAUCGUGCAGUUGUUAGUGAAGAGCCUGGGGAACCUGUCGCCAAUUACUACACAAACAGUUUACUGCAGUCAGGGCCUUCCCAAGGUAUUGUCACAAGUCAGAGAAAUCAACUGUCCAUCAAUUCUUUCCAAAGAGGAAAUGUGGGAUCAGUCAACUUCCAAUCGGGAAACCAGGGUUUCAGUGGGUCACAGUCUGGAAACAGGGGAUUCAGUAGCUUCCAGUCAGGAAACCAAGGAUCAAGGAGGUCGCAGUCUGCAAACACAGGUUUUGGUAGCUUCCAGUCAGGAAAUCAAGCCUUCACCAGAACAAACAACUUCCAGAAUCGACCUUUUUCCACCAGACAGAACUCACAGAACCGGGCCUUCAGUAGCUCACCAAGUUUCCAGAACCAAGGUUUUGGUAGCACACAGAAUUUCCAGAACCAAGAAUUCAGCAGCUCACAGAAUUUCCAGAACCAAGGCUUGAGCAGAACACAGAAUUUCCAGAACCAAGGCUUGAGCAGAACACAGAAUUUCCAGAACCAAGGAUUCAGCAGCUCACAGAAUUUCCAGAACCAAGGAUUCAGCAGCUCACAGAAUUUCCAGAACCAAGGCUUGAGCAGAACACAGAAUUUCCAGAACCAAGGAUUCAGCAACUCACCUAGCUUCCAGACCCAGAGUUUCAAUAGCCCACAGAGCUUCCUGUCUCAGGGGUUCACUAGUGGACAAAGUUCUGGAACACAAACCUUCUCCAGCCAAGGAAACAUCAUAGACGGUGGAAUUAUUGAUGGUGGAAUUAUCGAUGGCUGAGUAAUUGGCGGUGCUUCAAACGCCUUCGGCUCCACUUUCAACCAGUUUGAUUCAAAUUCAAAUAACUUCAACACAAACGUCAACCGCAACUUCGGAUCGACUUUCAGCAACUUUGCCUCAAACUCGAACAGGUUUAGCAACGAUGGAUUUUCAAACAGCAAUAUCAACAGAGGAAUCGCCGUUGUAUUGUCCUCGAACCGAAACUGAUUUAGUUACUGAUCAAAAUGUGCUUCCGUUUCCUUGAACUACGACGCUCAGUGCCAAUUAGGUCUUAUUUAUUGUAAACAAAAUUUUGCGGGUGACUGAAUGAAUAAACGAAAA